AUGGCCGCUAUCUCGGCUUUAAUGAUCGAGGGAGAAACCUCUCACAGGGAGAAGCACGACGAUGAGAACACGCCGACAACUCCUAGACCUACCGUCAGGAUACAAUCCCCGAGACCAACCGAUGUUGCCACUAUCGUUCCCGAGGCGGAGUCCGUACCUAUGCUAUCCAGUGAUCUGAGCGUGAGGCCUGAGGACAAUAACGUACAAGAGUCCCCUUCGGACAAGGAUAUCGAUAAGCAGAAAGUACUUCACAAGCGCUCCAAUUCUGAUGCAAUGGAAAUGGAUGACAGCGCUGAAGAGGAUGAAGGCUCAGACAACGAGGAUGGACAGCAUGAAGAUGAGACGGGUGCUCGCAAGAAGAAAGGGCAGAGGUUCUUUUGCACAGGCUACCCGCCUUGUAAUCUAAGCUUCACUCGGAGCGAGCACCUUGCCCGUCAUAUUCGGAAGCAUACUGGCGAGCGCCCUUUCCAAUGUCAUUGCAAUCGCAGGUUCUCGCGUCUCGACAACCUUCGUCAACACGCACAGACUGUGCAUGUAAACGAGGAGAUUCCGACUGACUCACUUGCUGCGACAGGUACACGCUAUCAGCGUCAAAUUCGCACUGAUCGUGUCCGUCCUGCGCCGAAGCCACGAACGAGCACUACAUCGAGCAGUGGCAGCCAUAGCCGAGGGCAUAGCAGGAAUCUUUCCACGUCCAGCAUUGGCUCUACUUCUUCAAUCUAUAGCAAUGCGACUGACGCCCGAAGACGACCACCACCGCUGCUCAUGGCUGGUGACAACAGACCUACUACGCCGCCCACGUAUUCUAACUAUGCUGCGCACUCCCCGGCUGAUUUGACUACACCUACUUCGGCGACUUUUCCUGGCACCCCAGGAAGCCCGGGCUUUGCAUCUACACUUACUUCGCCCGUCGCAACACAUUCAAGGGGUGGAAGCUUCUUAGGUGAUGCUAGGACACCUGGUCGGAGACUCUCCGUACCAUCUAGCAUCAAUCCUUUUCAGCAUGUCCCACACCCAUAUCAGUAUAGUGCGACCUAUGGUCCAGGACCAGCUGUACCGAAUACACCUACUUCCAGCAUUGUCACAAGCCCUACAUCACCAGUCCUUACUCAUGGGUCCAACAUGCCGGUCUCUUCUGCGGAAGAUUGGAGGCGACGGACGUGGCAUCCUUCUACAUACCAAAACAUCAGCCAUAACUAUAACAGGCCUGCUACGAGUGGCCUGACUUAUUCGCAGACGCCAGAUGCGCCACAGCCUGCUUAUGCACAAAACGCUAUGUCUGCAGCUGGACAAGCUCCUCGUCUGCCAGGCAUAGAAAGCUUCGAUCAUGUUCAGCACCGGCCCACGACUCCACCGAGACGCAACCCGGCAUCGUCUCAAUCCCUAAUGGCCGCUCCUGAAAUAAGAGAUCCGCGGCGCGGGCACAUCUCACAUGUGUCGUGGGAUGGUUCUCGACGCAGUCAGUAUCCUGAGAUCGAUGAUAACGGUAGGCCAACAACGAGUUGGGGCCAGGACACCUUACAGCAGCUCGAUGAGCUGAGAGACACCCAAGCACGGCAAUUUGCAGUCGCGCCAGAGCCAGCAGUAAUGGGACCUCCAAUGCACACUGUCAAUGCACAGCAUCACCAGCAGAUGGCAAAAGAGGCACUGGACCUGCAGACCUCUGCAUCAAAGCGUAUCAAAAGAUCGGGUGGCUACAAUGGUUCGCAUGUUGCAUAUCGAACCUCACCAGAGUCCAGUAGCAGUGACGGCAUCCCAACUCCAGGCACUUCUGUGGCGGAGAUACACCCAACUAUCCUACAUAGCAACGGCUACAUUGAGCCACAACUUCUGGUGGGCGAAGCUCAGCAUACACCCUGUCUAGCGUCGCCCAUGUCACCACCUCAGUCGUUUCAUUCUAGCCAUGAACAAUCGCAUGCAUACACAAGGACAGGCACAAGACGAGACAGCAAUCUUGACAGACUUGAAGCACUAGUGGCUGUUGCUACUGGUGAAACAGCUCGACGAUAA